GGCUGCACCAUGGUCCAGCUCACUCCUGUCCUGCGCAAGGCCUACCACGGGGGCCACUUAACCAUCCGCCUUGCCCUGAGCGGCUGUACCAACCGGCCUUUCUACCGCAUUGUGGCUGCUCACAACAAGUGCCCCUGGGAUGGCCGUUUCGUGGAGCAGCUGGGCUCUUAUAAUCCACUGCCCAACAGUCACGGGGAGAAAAUCAUUGCUCUCAACCUAGAGCGGAUCUGGCAUUGGAUUGGCUGUGGGGCCCACCUCUCUAAGCCUGUGGAGAGGCUUCUGGGUCUUUCUGGUUUUUUUCCCUCUGCAUCCCAUGAUGAUCACAAAUGCUGAGAGGCUGUGAAGGAAC